AGGCGCAUCUGAAUGACGUGACGUUCGACGUCACUCGUACGCGCCAAAUAGAGAGCUCUUCAGUGUGCCGGGGUUUGACUGCAGUCUCAAAUAAUGUCUCGUCGAUAUGAUUCACGAACAACCAUCUUCUCACCUGAAGGACGUCUGUACCAGGUUGAGUAUGCCAUGGAAGCCAUCGGUCACGCUGGCACCUGCCUGGGAAUUCUAGCUAAUGAUGGAGUGCUGCUGGCUGCUGAGAGGAGGAACAUCCACAAGCUGCUGGAUGAAGUGUUUUUCUCAGAGAAAAUCUACAAGCUGAAUGAAGACAUGGCGUGCAGUGUGGCAGGAAUCACAUCAGAUGCCAACGUACUGACCAAUGAGCUGAGGCUUAUAGCACAGAGAUACCUGCUGCAGUACCAGGAGCCAAUCCCCUGUGAGCAGCUGGUCACGGCGCUGUGUGACAUCAAACAGGCCUACACACAGUUUGGAGGAAAGCGCCCGUUUGGUGUGUCGCUGCUCUACAUGGGCUGGGAUAAACACUACGGCUUCCAGCUCUACCAGAGUGACCCCAGUGGAAACUAUGGAGGCUGGAAGGCCACCUGCAUCGGAAAUAAUAGCGCUGCAGCUGUCUCGAUGCUGAAGCAGGACUACAAGGAAGGAGAGAUGACCCUUUCUUCAGCUCUGGCCCUCGCUAUUAAAGUGCUCAAUAAGACCAUGGAUGUCAGCAAGCUGUCUGCAGAGAAGGUGGAGAUCGCCACCUUGACCCGCGAGAACGGUAAGACCUGCAUCAAGGUCCUGAAGCUGAAGGAAGUGGAGGAGCUGAUCAAGAAGCAUGAGGCAGAAGAGGCCAAAGCAGAGAAAGACAAGAAGGAGAAGGAACAGAAAGAGAAGGACAAGCAGUGACGUCUGUCCAGACUUUGACUUUUGUCAAUGAGAAGAAUGAAUGUGAGUUUGAGAGCAUGUUAGUUUGCAUGUGCAUGUGUUUCUUAAAAUAAAGCCAAAUGAUAAGUAACUAAAGUUUUUUUUUCUUCCUUGCUUGUUAUUAGUUUGACAGUUACCACAUUUUACAUGUAGAGUUUAAAGAAAUCCUUCACUUUAUUCACAGUCAGAGCUACAAAUACUAUUAUUACUCUGCCAAGGAAUGACAAGAGUUAUGUGAUGAUGGGCAUACAUUUGUCUGUCUGUGUCUGUUAGCAACAUUACCCAAAAACAGACAAACAGAUUUGGAUGAACAGGGUUCCCACAUGGGGCUGCACAGUGUCGUAGUGGUUAGCACUUUCGUCUUGCAGCAAGAAGAUCCCUGGUUCUCGUCCCGGCUUUCCCAUGGAGUUUGCAUGUUCUCCCUGUGCAUGCGUGGGUUUUCUCCGGGCACUCCGGCUUCCUCCCACUGUCCAAAAAUAUGCUGAGGUUAACUGAUUACUCUAAAUUGCGUGAGGUGCAACCUGGAGGAGAAGUUUUUAAAAUGCUCAGAAGUAAUAUGACGGCAAUGCAAUCGAAAACACCAGAACAGUUAUUAAACAGAAUUAAGGGUGGAUUUUGUCACUGGCUGUCAUAACCAUACAAAGUAGAAGCACAGAAAAGUAGAUUUUCACUGGAACAUUUGAUCUGUAGCAGCAUAAGUGUCUUCAGAGGGGAUUAUCUGCUGACUGGCUGCUUUUAACUCAGUUAUCUGGAUGCUGGAAAAAGAGUGUCAGUGAUUUGCAUAGGCAGUUUCUGAGAAACGCCCUGCUGUGAAGUGCUGCUGAUGCAGUAACCGCUUAUCAGGCUCCAUCUAAGGUGAGUUUAUGUAAAGUCAACAUAAGAUUAAGGCCAGGAGAGGACUAUCUGCCUCUUGGAUUUUAGUCCUGGGGAUUAGUGACACAGCUUCAGAUUUUAACACACUGUUGGGACAUGAGUGCUGCUGUUGCUGGGGAAGAGCAGGAGCUGUUUAAUGAGACUCCAGCAGCAGGGGGCUCCUCACAGACACAUGAAACCAGGAGCCGAGAGAAACAUUCUGCAGCUGAUGAGUUUCUGCAUUUGUGACUUUUAAGAUGUUAUGUUCUUUUGCUGGUAAUUAUACGAAGCAAAACUGCUGCGUCUUUUCCAAAGAAGCGAACACGGCAACAGCAAAUCAGAGGUGGAAAAAGUACUCAGAUCUUGUGUAUACACUACCAGUCAAAAGUCUGGACACUUCUCAUUCAGUGCUUUUAAUUUAUUUGUAUUAUUUUCUACAUUGUAGAUUAAUACUGAAGAUUAACACUUUUUUGUUUCCAAUAUACAUUCCUUGAUAGUUUUGAUGUCUUCAGUAAUAACCUACAAUAUAUAAAAUGAUUAAAUAAAAACCACUGAAUGAGAAGGUGUGUCCAACCUGUUGACUGGUAGUUAGUAAAAGUACUAAACCACACUGUUGAAAUACAUUGCAACAAGUAGAAAUAAUGCAUUUAAAUUAUUACUUAAAUAAAUAAACAAAAACAUAGGCAUCUAAAUAUAAUGAAAGUACUAAAGGUAAGGGUAGUCAGUGUGGUGCCGAAUGACUCAUGUAUCGUGUUAUGUAAUGCUUUGAUGUGUUCAUUUAAAUGCUGACACUGUGAAUGUGAUCUAUGUUUUAUUUAUUUUUAAAAUGGAACACUUUGUAUUAAUGAACAUUUAUAUGUAUUUAUAUGUAAAUAUAAAUAUUUUUAAAAUAUACAAUUUUUUUUUUUAAAUUACAAGUAACAUAACGGAACAAAGACAUACAAGAAAGACAAGAAGCAAGCAAUAGCACAUCAUGUGCACAAACCGACAAAAGGCAAGCCAUUAAGCAAUAACUAAUUCACAUUUACACAUGAUUAUAUUGCUUUGUUAUUGCACAUUGUUAUACUACACUAAUCCUACAUACACUACGUUAUUUUGUUCAUGUGUACAAGUGUAGAUUGUAAAUUUCCCUUUGGGGAACCCGUAUUGUUGGGUGGUUGGGGUCCACAUCACGUGUGGAUGUGCCUUCUGGCAGUGAGUCCUUGGUUCAACUCCCAGCCACCCUGGACCCUCCCUGCAUGUCACUCCCCUGCUCUACUUCCAUACAUCACUGGGCUUUCUCCACUGUAACUGUGAAAUAAAUGAAUAAAAUUGA